AUGUUGGUGUCUGGUCGCCGCGAGCCCGCUUAUCAGGGUAUCUCAGAACUUGAGCCUGCUGACCUACCACAGCGACGCCCCAUGGGAAGAAACCUCAAGGAGAGGAUUACAAACAUUGUUAGCAUGUACGUUCCAAAUGGCCAAAAUUUGGUUAACAAUCAGUUGAGAUAUGACUUAGUAGAUGAUUGGGAUGACGCUCAACUGAAUAGCCAUUUUGGAUUACUGAGUCUGGGAGAACUGGAAAAUAAGCUUGAUUCGACUAAACCAGAAUUAUGUCACAUUACGCCUCAGAUUGAUCGGGAUUCUCUCUUCACUUCAGUUAUAGAUGAGUUUCAGAACACUAGUUAUCAUGUUGACCUAGCGUCUUUUAAUAUCUCUUGCUUGGCUACGGAUGGUACGCAUAUAUAUUUUGGAGUCGGAAGUCUGCCUUUUCUAUUUAAACUCAAUGCUGUUGAUUCAAAUACUGGGAAGCGCUCAGUCACGAAAAUUCAUCUUAAAACUGAUCAGAACGUUGAUCUAAUUCCUGUGAAGAUAUGUCUGAAUUGUGAUUCAGGUGAAAUUUACGUGAUUGGGACUACGCUUUUUGAGGGAUCUACUAAGCAUCUUUUGGCGUGUUAUUCGAAAGAGGGGAAUCUCAUUGCUCAAACAAAGAAGUAUCCCUACAAACGAUAUUUGGCGAUUGAUAUUGACUUUGAUGGAAAUCUUCUUCUGGGAUGCAUAUCUCAAUCGACAGAAGAAUCUAAUGCCAAGAGUAGUUCUCAGAUCUGUAAACUUACGCCACAUUUUGAGCGCCGAAUUUUCUCCAUUACUAUGCGAAAAGCAGGGACUUCCUACUGUCCCGAUGGACUGACAAAAUCUUGUGUUCGAGAUCAAUGUUGGGCCUCUGUUUGUCGUUGGGAUGAUGAGACGAAGAGGACCGUUCGACGGAUUUUCGCUUUUCCUAGUACUCCUCCACACAGUGAUCAAAUUCAUCAAGAAGAUGAAUCAACUCUCAGUCCUAAGAAGUGGCUCCAAGUGAUCUCAUGGAAUUUUGAAUCCUUCUCAGCAGGCUCUGUAUUUGCUCUAGACUCCCAACAUCUCUUAAGCUUAGAUGUUGAACAAAAGAGUCUGGCUUUAAUAACAUGGCCUGAAGGUCAGGAUAACGCCAGUCUUCAAAGGCUAACGAAACCAGGAAAUAGAAAAAUUGACCAUAUUUGUGCAGCUUUUGCCCAUCCUCCUGUUGCUUACUUCUCUUCAGAUGGUGAUAUCUUCAAGUUAGUUCUUGCAUCAAUAGAAGUGCCGACAUUGACCACUAUCUCAUCUUAA